AUGAAAGCCUCAUUCGCUCUUUUGGCAACCUUCCUGUCGGCAGCAUAUGCUAGCCCUGCCGCACAACCCGCAUCCGGAGGAACGCCCACCGUGCGUCAAGAAGUCUCCGCCGUCCAGGCACAAGUCAGUCUCUGCACUCAGUAUGCCUACCACGCAGAAGCCGGUUACGAAAUCUUGAACAACCUUUGGGGCAAAGACACUGCCACCAACGGCUCGCAGUGUACCUACUUUGAUGGCACUACCGGAACCGGGAUUAAAUGGAGCACUCAAUGGACCUGGGCUGGUGGUCAGGACAACGUCAAGAGUUAUGCGUAUGCUGGACGUAUCUUGACCAAGGGCCAAAUUGUCAGUAAAGUGAAGAGCAUGCCCACGACAAUCCAGUGGAAGUAUGAUGUAAACACCAUGCGUUGCAAUGUCGCAUACGAUGUCUUCACUGCGGCGGACCCGAAUCACGUUAACAGCAGUGGCGAUUAUGAGUUGAUGAUUUGGCUCGGUCGUUACGGUGGCGUAUGGCCCAUUAGCCAGUCUGGUGCCAAAAUCGCAUCUGUUACUAUCGCCGGGUACAAAUUCGACUUGUACUUCGGUUACAACGGAUCGAUGAAGGUGUACAGCUUCCUUACACCGACACCAGAGAACCCAUACACUACCUUCAACGCUGAUGUUAAGUUGUUCUUCGACUACUUGACUCAGAACCAGGGAUACCCCGCAAGCACACAGAACUUGAUUGGUAAAGGGAUUAUGGCUAAUGUCUUGUUUGUAGUCUACCAGAUCGGCACCGAAGCAUUCACUGGAGGACCAGCCAAGUUCACCGUGGACCAAUUCAGCGCGAACGUCAACGUGUAA